UCGGUGACUGCCCUGUUUCCGGAUUUGUUCCCCAUCUGGCGGUUGCCUCAGCAACCAAGAAGCCGGACCGCCCAUGCCCGCCGCUAUAUGGCGGUUUGUACUCGCUCCUCUUGAUAUCUUUUUGGGCAAUAUACCAGUUUUUGUCUCCAAAUUAGAAGUAAAAAUAAUAGCUUUUCGUCCAGUGUUCCUGUAUAUAAAGUUUGUGCAAACUGGUGCAGCAAACCAAACCGACGAAUUGAGAAUAUCCUGUGCAUCAUUCAGACCAGAUGUGAUCAUACAGUUGCUUUGCUAUGUAUGCAACUUGUAGAUUAACCCAUCUUUUCUGCUGAGAAAAGCAGCUGAAACUGAACUGAGGAAUAGAAUGCAGUAACUCUGGAUUGAAUUAGUUUGUACGUCAAAAAAGGUUGCAAUGGAUAUUAUAAGGGGGAGCUUGGAUGAAAUUUCAAGACCAGCAUCUAGCUCAAGAAUUACUCAUGGAAGCAAAAUUUUAAGUGCAUCCUUAGAAAUUUUAACACCAGAGCCAGACUUACCAAAGGUUGAUUUUUUAAAUAAUCACCCAGAAGACAACUCAAAAGAAAAUCUUGAUGAAAAUGAAGCCAAAAAAUUUAGAGUUUCAGAAGAAAUAUCCAAUGGCAAUACUUUUGAGCUGGUAACACAGAAGACAGAUCAGGUAGAAGAAUAUUCUUCAAAUUCUGGGAAUUCUGAAGAUGACUGUGCUGUCAAUAAAUUAUCAAGCAGCAAUAGUCCCCAGAAUCAACUAGCUGAAUUACAGAAAGUGACAACAAAAUCUAUAAAUCAGGAAGACGCUAAAAAGAAAGAUGUAGAUCCUCUUAUUCUGAAAGCCAUAAAGAAGAUGAAAAGGUUGGACCAGAUAUUGGCAAAUAAACAGUCUCAAGAAAAAGCAGUUAAAAAACAAGGCAGAGAAAUGAGAAAAAAAUUGUGGGAAGAAUUUGAGUGUAUGACAUCUAGUAGUCCUUCGGUGAUCAUGGAAGAGGUAGAAAACACCAAUAGAUUCUUAGCUUUGACCUCCCCAUUAUCGGAAACACCUGAAUCUUUUGCUGUUGAAGAAGCUGAAAUGUUUGUUAGUGUAUUUCACACACAGAUACAUCCAGAAAAUUAUGAAUGUGACAGAAGAACCACCAAGCAAGGUGAAAGUUAUUUGUUUGAAGGAGGAGCCAGAAGCUCAAUAAAGAAAAUAGAAAACAUGCACCAAAAACCCAAAACAAGUUGUAAAAAGCCUCCUGACUUUGUUAAAAAGAACAUAGAGUUAGUGAAGGAUGCAGCAAACCAAGUGGUUAUGCUAGAGGAGGAGAAGAAUAGGCUGUCAGAGUUGCUUGAAGAGGCUGAGACUGAGGGCACUGAACUUCAGGUCAUUGAGGAAGAAGCAGCUGACAAUUUGCUACCAGGUGAGGGAUACACACCUGAACCAAUGGAAUAUCACCACCUUAAAGAAAUCAAUGCUAAACUCAAAGUAACAUUUUCCAAUGAAGAUCUCUCUUCCAUUCAGAGUUCCUGUUCAGAAAUCUCCAAACAGAUUUUUCAGGAGUCUUUGGCUUAUGCAAAUAGAAAGCUGGAAACAAUUCCAGGUGAAAAGGUCUUAAGAGACACUAAAGAAGAACGUAAUCAGCAAAACCGGCUUAAAGAAAUUGAUCAGCAGCUGAAAUACCUAGAAGAAACUCCUGAUGUACUGCCUCGUCUCUCAGAAGAGCAGCUUAGUGCCCUUCUGGAAGAAUGUGCGCAAACCCUAAGAAGAGUAAACAAUCUUGCCUUGACAAAAUCCCAGGGAUCGUUUUUUGAGGGAGCAAGUCCCUGUUCUGACAUGGUUCAAAAUACCAUUCCAAACUCAAGGAAUGAAUUAUGGGAUGACGUUCAAAGUGGGAGAAUGCAAGCAAGCCAAGAAAUGGUUGCCUCUGAAGAUAACGAUAUGAACUCAGCAGAUAUGAUGGAAGCCUGUAGUUGUAAUCUCAGCAAGCCAUUCAUUGAAUCUCACCUGGCAGAGAAAAAUGAAAAUAAUAACCAAGUUGAAGAGAAGACAGCACAUAGCAGCACCUCUGAAGGCUACUUCAUGUCACUAGCCCUCAGCCCAGACAGACCAAAAAAGCCUUCCUUUCUUGAUGAACCUUUUCUUUGUAUCAGCUUGAACAAUGAGCUGUCCACAGAUGUCAACAUUCCUAGCAUGCCAGUGAAAACCAGAGAAGGUGAGGUUCUUAGUAAACUUUUAGAAUAAGCUUUUGAUUAUGAUUUUAAAUGCCCAAGCAGGUUCUCAUCAAAAGUAUGCACUAAUGUAUUAUGAUUGCACUGAUGGAGCAAAAAGUCUUUUCAUAAGGCAGAAAAUGAGGCCAGAAAUAAUCAAAUUUCAAAAUGUUUCCUAACAUUCUUCAACUGAAAGAAAUAGCUGUGAAAUUAGUUCUCUCAGAAAAAGUAAAAUAAUGAUUAGGUCAGGCAACAAUAAAGUACAAUAUAAAUAUUCAAAUUAUCUCUUUCAUAGGCAAGCAUUUUCCUUCUGUCCUUUGUGUCAAUAAACUACACAACAUCUUCCAGAGAAGAAAUUAAUUUUUUUAACAUAAUACGCUGUAAACAAUACACAACACAAAGCAAAGCAAAUAGAAACUGGUAACAUUGUCUAGUAAUAAUAAACGGGGCAUACAUAUUUCCAAUUAUAUCUGCUGUUAAAAAUGUACUGUGUGACAGUUUUUAGAACAGCAAUAGAACAUGUUACUCUGUUCUUAGCAUACAAUUGUCUUGCACAGGAAUCCUCAAAAAAUCAGUUUUGAUAUAGAUCGUGACUAUAAUCCUUUUAGGCAUACCAAAAAUGUGUACAUUUUCAAGAGAUCUUCAGUUUUUCUCUCAUGAAGCAGUAGUCUGCCAAGCUCACUUUUGGAACACAAGAUUCAAAAGUGGUUGAGUAAAGAAUUUUAUGUACUUUUGUUAAAGGCUGGAAGUAUUAGGAACCUACACAAGUGAGAAGCUUAAUAUAUGGCCCACAGAAUUAUGAUUGUUGCAUUUUAUUCUGUGAAAAAUAAUAAUUCAUUUAGUAGAUAUUUUCUGUUAUUUAAUGCUUACUACAUCUUCUUUACUAUUAUUACAUCUACUCAUUGUCAUCCAAUGGAGCUUUUCCAAAUUGUUCAGUGCCCUUCAUAGUCUGUCCAAGGGAGAAAUGAUUUAGAAUCCUUGAUGGCCUGCUAUGAUAAAUUUGCAAAGCAUUUUGUAGAUAAAAUUGCUUAUAUCCUUUCUGGCAUAGACACUGUAGUUUCAGUGGCUUCUGUUUUCAUGGGAAUUUGGUCUCCAUCAAAUCAGUUUCUUAGUUAUAUCUUUCAGUUUUGAGCAACUCAAGGACAUUGUCAAGAUUGUCACAAUUAUUGGCAGGGAAAGUGAGAGGGGACAUUUUAAGCUAUCUUGGUCACAGACAAACAAAACAAUAGGUGAAGCUAGAACCAGUAGAAGGCAGAACCAACCCAAGGAAUUUGGAUUUUGCCCCUCUCCUUCCUAUAUGGUGUGCUUACUACAGUAACAGAGUUUUUACUCCAUGAAUUUUUGAGUUAUGUCAGAUUGCCCCUUUACUCACCCCAACUUUCCUUAUGUCACUUGAAAGUGAAUGUAUUUGCCAAUCCUA